AUGUGCAGGUUAUUUCUCAUCGCCUUUCUAGUGUUGUGUGUGCAAUAUUCCGGCAAUGCACAGAGCCCUAAUGCGCCUUCUCCGGCGCCAACCAAUGCGCCCACAAAAAAACAUACUCCGCAGGCCAAUUCUCCGUCGCCUAUUCCGGGAAGCCCUCAUGCGUCCCCAGCAAAUUCUCCGGUGCUUUCACCGCCUUCAAAAGUUUCUCCGGCAGUGCCGGUUAGUUCUCCUAAAACCAGCCCGUCUGCGUCGCCGUUACAGUCUCCAACGCCGUCCACUUUUUCUCCGUCGCCCACUCCGUCAGCCGGCAUUUCUGUUCCUGUCCCACCUCCGGCGUCUCCGCCUACAACGGGGACCCCAACCCCAGUGAGCACUCCGGCAGUCUCUCCUCCAGUUUCAUCUCCAUUGCCCUCAACUCCGGAAACUUCUCCAGCGACCGCCACGAGCCCAGCAUCUGCCAGCGUUCCUUCAAGUUCUGCAACACCAUCAGAAGCACCAGAAAUGUUCCCAUCAAGCAGAAGUGAACCAAGUCCGGCGCCGGAAAUUGCACAGGGCCCAGUGGCGGAUGACGAUUCAGGUUCAAAUUCCGUAUACAAGGCUUCGGUUAUUCUGACUGGUCUUGCUCUUUGGGCCUGUUUAGCAAUCUAA